AUGACAUGCAAUCCAUCUUGGCCAGAGAUACAAUCAGAAUUGUUGGCCGGACAAGUUCCAAACGAUCAUCCAGAUCUGCUGACACGAGUUUUUCAUGCUAAACUUGAAGAGUUGAAAAAGGAUGUUCUCGAAAGGGGCGUCCUCGGAACGGUUGUUGCUUAUGUAUAUGUGAUUGAAUUCCAAAAGAGGGGUCUUCCACAUGUUCAUAUGUUAUUAAUUCUUGAUCAAAAUGACAAGCUAACCACUCCGGAUGACUUUGAUAAGAUUGUGAGAGCAGUGAUUCCUGAUGAACAACAAGAACCAAAAUUGUAUAAGGCAGUUCUUAAACACAUGAUUCAUGGCCCAUGUGGUGUUCUCAACCACAAAUCCCCGUGUAUGAAACAAGGAAGUUGUAAGAAAGGAUUCCCUAAGGAAUUCUCCAAUGAUACAAAGCAAGGCAAUGACUCAUAUACUUAA